CUGCUAUUCCCUGUGUCGUCAUCCUGCGCUGAAGUAUAAAGGAGCCAACACAACCACCGCCUCUGCUCUUUCUCUCUCUCUAUCCUCUCUCUUUCUCUGCUCUAGUCUAUACUCCUAGACAGACCUACAGAGAAUGAAAAACUUCGCACUCCUCUCUGCACUCGCGGCACUCUCAGCUACCUCCGCCUUCCAAUGGCCAACAGAGCGUAUCUACAACAACUGGCACGAGACAAAGCUCGAGCGAUGGCUCAAGGACCACAAUAUCCCCUACCCUGCAGCAUCUGACCGUAAAGCACUCUCAGACACCGUUGAGAAGCACUGGGAUGCCAUCACACCGCCCUAUGAGCAGUGGACGGAAUCCCAGCUACGCGCAUGGUUGGUCGAGAGUGGUUCAAAUGCAGCAGACCUCGCCGCCAACACAAAGGACGAUCUCGUCAAUCUCGUGACGGGCAGCUAUGCAGACAACUCCCUCGCCAACUGGAUCUUGGAUUCCUGGACAGACUCACAACUCAAGAGCUUCCUCGACUACCACAACAUCCCAAACCCAAGCCCUCGUAACCGAGACUCACUCUUGCAAUCUGCACGUUCAGCAUACAGCAACAUGGUCUCGACAGGUCCGAGCGUCUAUGAUUCCUUGUUUGGUACAUGGACUGAUUCAGACUUGAAGGCUUGGUGUGAUGCACGCGGCAUUCCCGUCCCGCAAGGUAGUACAAAGGAAUCCAUGCUCGCUGGUAUGCGUAAAAACACACACACCUUCACGGAACAGGCGAAAGCAUGGUGGCGUGGUGAAUCGGCCUUUGAUGCUUGGUCAGAGUCACAACUCAAGAAGAUGCUGGAUGAGAACAACGUCAAGGUACCACAAGGCUCUAAGCUGAAUGAUUUACGCGCAUUGGCUCGUAAGAACUACAAGUCCCUCAAGAACUCUGCCGGUGAUUACUACAACGCCGGUGCAGACAAUGCAAAGAAGCAAGGCAACAAGGCGUAUGACGCUGCUGCCGAUAAGGCUGACGAUGCUGCUGCUGCUGCCAAGAAGCAUGGCAACAAGGCAUACAACGCCGCUGCAGAUAAAGCAGAUGAAGCUGCUGCCGAGGCGAAAAAACAAGGCAACAAGGCUUACAACGCCGCUGCAGAUAAAGCAGAUGAAGCAGCCGCUGAAGCCAAGAAGCAAGGCAAUAAGGCCUACAACGCCGCUGCCGACAAGGCAAACGAUGCUGCUGCUGAAGCCAAGAAGCAAGGCAACAAGGCCUACAAUGCUGCCGCCGACAAGGCCGCCUCUGCUGCUGACAGCGCCAAGGAUACAGCUGAAGGUGUCGCUGCAAAGAUCAAGCACGGAGCAGAGGAUGCCUAUGACAACAUCAAGGCCAAAGUGGUGGGUGGUGCAGAAGAAGCUGGCAGGUCUGCUGAAUCCCUCAAAAACAAAGGAACUCGUGCCGCUGCCGAUGCUGCUGAUCAAGCAACGAAGUCUGCUGGUGCAGCGUAUGCGCAAGUGUCGGAGGAUGUUGCUGGUAAUGAUGUCUUCAAUUUCUGGUCUGACUCACGACUCAAGGCCUUCCUUGACUCUCGCGGCAUUCCUGUGCCACAAAACGGCAAGAAGGAUGAAUUGAUUGCUGCUGCUCGCAAGAAUGCCCAUGCUGCCAGGACCUCUGCCGAGGACUUUGAAGGCUGGUCUACGUCGCAGUUGCAGAAAUUCGCCAAGGAUGCCAAAAUCAAGCUCGACAAGACGGCCGCUUCCUCGCGUGAUGCGCUCAUCAAGCAAACUCAACAAGGCUAUGAUGCACUUGCCAAGAAGGGCGACGCAGCAGCCAAGGAGGCACAGCGCCAAUACGGCAAUGUGCAAGGCUAUGCUUUCGACUCAUGGUCCGACUCUGACCUCAAGGCCUUUUUGGACAGCUACGGUGUGCCUGUGCCACAAGGCGGUAAGAAGGAUCAACUCGUCGCUGCUGCGCGUCGCAACGCCCACUACUUUUCGCAUGGUCAAACGGAGCCUGUGCAUGGUUCUGCAUUUGCACAAAUGGCAACGGAUGGACUUUCGGCGUUGUUUGACUUUGUUAAGCGUGUUGGUGGUGUGGGUGCGAAGAAGUCGGCUCAAUUGGCUGGUGAUGCCAAGCAGCGUGCUCAAGAGGCGCGUGCUGAAUUGUAAGGUUCUCUAUGUGGAGGAAUCGUUUUAGUUUAAAGAAAAAGUUCAUAGCGUACGUAUGAGUUAUGAUCAUGUUUACAGUCUAGA